GAGUUUUAGGUGAGAUUCCACAAAAAAAUGAAGGCUUCGGCUGUUGUUGGCCCUCCGACCACCAUUUUCUCACGAUCAUCUCCGCCACCACAGUUUCAAUCCCAACCCAAAUCUCAGCUGCUCCGAAACCAACGCUUUCGGGUCUCAUCCUCUUUGAUAAAAGAGCCACAAUCCCAAUUCCGGGAGAAGCAGCAGAAGCUUGGAGUGAUGGAUGAAUUGUUCCUCAAAGUGUUUAGAAGCAAAAUGGCUGAGGAAGUUGGAUGGGAUUCCGAAAAUCCCGGAUACGACGGACUCAUUGAUGUGGCGAAUCGGCUUAUGCUCACAAGUCCAACCAAUUCUCACGCUAAAGAAGCUGCGGUAAGAAUAUUGAGAUCCUUGUUCCCGCCGUUACUGUUAGACCUUUAUAAGUUGCUGGUAGCACCUUUACAAGGAGGAAAAGUAGCCGCCAUCAUGGUUGCAAGGGUGACUGCAAUUACUUGUCAAUGGCUUAUGGGUCCUUGCACAGUAAACUCAGUCGACUUACCAGACGGGACUUCAUGGAACAGUGGGGUGUUUGUAGAGAAAUGCAAGUACUUGGAAGAAAGCAAAUGCGUCGGUAUCUGUCUGAAUACUUGCAAGCUUCCCACUCAGGCUUUCAUCAAAGAUUAUAUGGGCGUUCCGUUAGUGAUGGAGCCGAACUUCGUCGAUUACAGCUGCCAGUUUAAAUUCGGUGUCCUCCCCCCACUUCCUGAAGAUGAUGCCACUCUCAAAGAACCCUGCUUGGAAAUCUGCCCUAACGCCACUCGACGGAGAGAAAUCGCCAGAAACAUUAACGUCGAGAAAUGUCCCAAGGCAUGAAUGACUGCAGCAUUCGCUUUGCUACAGGUGACAUCAAAAUACUAGAUUCGAAAGGAACGGUCAUUGUCAUAACCAACUCUUUGUGCAGGUCUUUUUGUAUGUUCAAAAGUCUGCUGUAAAUAACAAUGAAUCCGACACAACGAUCGAUCCUUGAUGGUAAUCAAACUAGAAAACAGGUACUGCAAAUUCUGUAUAACAUCCGACAGGGACUACAAAUUCUGUAAAGCCUUCAAAUGAAGUCGAGUUCAGCGCUCUCUCUCAA